AUGCCGGCCAAAAUGCAGCUCUUUAUCAGAUGUAACAGGAGGAUUUUUCUGGCUAUUUGUUUAAUCCUCUUUGUGGGAUACACAGCACAAGGUGCUCCGCUGCAGAAGGCAAGGUACAAGAGAGUGAGGUGCCGACCUGAUGCCUGGUCCGCUAACUGCAUGGAAGAGAAGGGGCCCUGGUUUUACAUGCCCACUGGCGGAGCCAACAGGAUCCUUCCUCCCAUGGCAGACCCGUCCCUGAUGAAGCGAUACCAGGAGCUGAGUGACGUAUUCCCUCUGUCAGACGAGGAGUCCAGCUCUGGGUCUGACGCCGCGGUGGAACUGGAACCAACCUCCGGGUCGGGGCUUGGUGAUGGCGACAGCUUCUCUGAGGCGAAGCUGCCCGUCUUCCUAGCGGGCCCGCGAGGCAGCGAGCUGAAGCAAAAGCUAACGGAGGAGGAUUUGCUCCUGUAG